AUGCAGCCCAUCAUCACCUAUCUAAAGGAUCAGACACUACUUGCUUCCAAAAGUGAGGCAAGAAAGUUGAGGAGAAGGGCUAUGCACUUCGUCCUGAAAGACGAUAUGCUCUACAAAAGAGGCUUCGCCUCACCACUUCUCCGAUGUGUGAGAGGCAAAGAGGCCACAUAUAUACUUAGGGAAAUUCAUGAGGGAAUCUGCGGAAAUCACUCCGGAGGAGCGACCCUGGCACACAAGGUUCUCCCUCAAGGCUAUUUCUGGCCGACCCUGAAAAGGGAUGCUUGCUAUGGGAGACAGUUCGACAACAGGAAAAUGCGAGAAUUGUGCGACAAAAUGGGAAUAAAAAAGGACUUCUCAGCGCCUCAUCACCCGCAAGCAAAUGGACAAGUUGAGGCAGUAAACAAAACCAUCAAACAUACCCUGAAAAGGAAGCUUGACACCUCAAAGGAGGCUUAG